AUGGCCCUCCCGGAAGACAUUGAUCUUCUGGAAGAUGAUGUCCAGGAGGCCAGUGUGGAGAAGCUUUCUCAUGAGGCGGUGCCUUUUCCUGUCAGGGAAUCUGUUGAAGAGGCAUCCUCUUCGCGCGACUGUGCGCAUCGUGCAAAGAAGGCCAGAGCAAGCGUCACCCUGGGAGCCUGCUUUCGGGAUGUUGUCAAUUUCAACCUUGUGGAAACUGACGCUGCGCUUGAAGAAGUCAAAUGGACCAGAGCUUUAGAAAUGUGGCUAUUCGUGAUCAUGGAGGACUCCAGCUGUUCUGCGAUAGGAUCACGGAUUAGCCGCAAAAACGGAGCUGAUGCCAUGAAGUGCCUUCGUGAACUCUUCGGGAAGAAAGCAUCCAGUACCGUCGCAAAGCGUGGGAGUGCAAUGCAGAAGUUCGUUGUGUGGGUACACAAAGCUUGCCCAGGCGAGUGUGCCCUGCCUAUCACUUCAAAGCGUGUCGAUGAUUACAUCGAGCAACUACAGGAAGCUAAGGUCCGACCUGGAUCUUUCACAAGCUUUACUGAAGCUGUCAAUUUCUCAGUGCAUGUCGUUGGCUUGCCUUUCGAUUGUGACGGAUCUCUGAGGAACCCUUUCUCAGGAAAGCAGUUGUUCAGUCCUUGGGCUCGUGGGGCUGUUGCGCUGGAGAUACAGAAGAAAUCAGAGAGGAGGCAGAGCGCUGUCCUAACCACUGACAGCGUUCUUUACCUUGAGGCUUUCUUGAGCGACGAGGAUGAAGAUUUAGUCGACCGUUACGCUGCAGGAUGCAUGCUCUUCGGUUUGUUCAGCCGUAGUCGCAUUAGUGAUCUCAGAAAGGUCAAGGAUUGGAUUUUGGAUUUUGAUUGUUUGCAAAGCCACGGGCAAGGUUUCCUUGAGUGCAGCACUCGCAGUCACAAGACUGAGAAGGACGUCGCGGCCAUUGGUCUUGCCAUGCCCCUUGUUGCACCGGCUGUCGGCUUAGGUAAGGUGAGCUGGGCUGUUACAUUCAGCAAGGUUGCUUCUGCAGUAGGUUUGGGGUUCGUAGGUCGGCCUGAGGGGCCUUUGCUGCCCGCUCCGGACGUUACCGGAGGAUGGUUGUCCAGGUCGGUGACCACCUCCGAAGCUGGGGCUUGGCUCUGCAAGAUUCUUGAUAAGGGAGGGCAGCCAUCCCAAGGGAUCACAGGUCACAGCUUGAAAAGCACUACACUGACCUGGGCCUGUAAGUUUGGUUUCGAUAAGUAUUCCCGGUUACAACUUGGACACCAUGCCACUGGCGAAGGAACAUUGCACACCUAUGGCCGAGAUUACUUGGCGCCUGCCCUCAGGCGCUAUGAUGAAAUGUUGGCUGCAAUCAGAAACGGAACAUUCUUCCCGGACCUUACGCGCUCGGGUCGCGUGCGAGGCACUGCACAGGUUCCGAAGGUGGAGGUCUCUGAUGAUGAAGUGCCUGAUCCCGGGUUGACCAGCUUCGCUUCAGAAGGUUCUUUUGAGGCCAUUGGUGUAGCAUCCGCCGGAGAGAAGAGUGAUGAAGAUCAGGUUGCCGCACCCACUGACCAUGAGCUGUCCUCCUCGGACAGCAGUAGCUCGCAGGACGAAGUCGUUGCAGGCAGGGACCACCCCGACUUGGACAACGACGAGAUGGCGUGUGCAGUCGCCCGUCCCAAGCCAAGUUGGGAACCUGGAUAUGUCAUGUACAAACAUGUUAGGACACAGGUCGUUCAUCUUUGCGCACAAGGCAGUUCGACCGGAGUUUUUGCGUGUGGGCGGAAGGUGACGUCCGAUUUCAAGGAGGUCGCCCAAACUAAAUUUUUGUCGUUUCGGAAGUGCAAGACCUGUGAAGGGGCAAAGCCGCUCCGCGAUCCAGGAGCAUUGGCCGAGGCCGUUAACGCUAUGAUGCAGCGAAAGUCGGCUGCAGAGAGUUUGUGA